AACAACAUCAGGCGAGAAGCGGAGAAUAAAACCAUGCGUUAAAGGACCAAGAGCCAGGAACAUUGUGAAUUGAAUGAAUUGGUUAUAAAGCAGCUGCAGGAUGGCUUACACCCAGGCUGAAUGUGUGAUUAAGAAUAUCAUUCGGGAAAUAGCCCAGGAGUGCGCUGAUAGGGGACAUUCCAUCUCUGAGACACUUGUAGCGUUCAUGGUUAAAGCUGUUGUUCUGGAUCCAAGAUAUGAGUUCAAUGUGGACAGAACCCUCACAAAGACUGAUGUUCGCAAGCUCAUCACGAUUUGUGUGGACAGAUUGCUUGAACCACAACGACCGUCUCUUGACACAAUCAAGAUGCAAGUUUACUUUGACAUGAAUUACACAAGUCGAGCGGAAUUCCUCACUGAACAUCGCUCUGUCUUGGAAUCUAGGUUGGCCCCUGCAUGCAGAGAAAUCACAGAUAGCCGUGCGAGGACACGAGAUGAAUUGGAAUGUCUUUACCGUAAAAUCGUCAGCUACAUGCUGCUCCACUCAGGCCUUGGAUCCCCCACUGAAAUAAGUGUAGUGAGGGAGGCAACUGCUGCUCUGCAAAGCGUCUUUCCACAGUCAGAACUGGGUACCUUUCUUGCCCUCACGAAAAAGGACAAGGAGCGACAGUUGAAUGAAUUAAGCAUGAUUGUCACUGGCAUUCGACUAUUCAACAAGAACUGUAAGAAGGGUGGUGAUGGCGUGGAUGACUUGCCUGCCAUUCUAAAUGAAGCUGUGCCAGCAACCAAACAAAAUGUUGAGUCUGAGCUACAAGCCACUCAGCGGCUAAUCUACCACUACACAGCAAUUAUUGAGAGGCUGGAGAAAAGUCGGAAACAAUGCUAUGAGGAAGAUGGGUUGCAUGAUAAACUGAAGGAAGCUUUAUACAAUGUGAGGCAGCAUGAGGUCUUCCUACGCAUUAUUGUGACUGAAAUUGUCACAUGUGCUAAACAGAUAGAAAUGUUGCAAAAUCAAUUAAAUAAACGGAUGUUGGAUCUGAAUGCUGUAGUCAAGUCAAAGUCAGCAGUGCCCACUGCACAAGUCUAUCCUCAUUUUAUUGCUCUAUCCAACCUAUGGACCUCUUUCCAGGAUGAGAUGGUGCUGCUCAGUGUCUUCAGCAACUUAGUAACCAACCUAGAUCCAUAUUUGGGAACUCACUCACAACUAUUUCCAGAUGGUGUCAUUGGACCCUUACUGGAGGGAGUGGUUGUGCAAACAGAUGAGCAGAGGUUAAGUGAAGUAUCAGAGCAAAGAAUUAUUCCAUCAGACUUCAAGAAUCGGGAGUGGAUCUUUCCAGAAGACAUUCUAACGUAUCGUCAACCGACUAUACAGUAUCGAGGAUUUUGUGCCUAUGCAUUUGGUGCAAGAUAUGGUCUCCUUCUGAGAGGAAACCCAAAUAUUGGAAUUCUUAAAUAUCAGGAAAAGUAUUACAUAUUCUCCUCAAAAGAGGCUGCUAGUGCUUUCGCUCAAAAGCCUGAUUGUUACAUUUCUAUGGCAGCAGACCAAGCUAAGCACUCUGCAGAACUCAUUCAGCUCCUGGAGCUCCAUCAGCAGUUUUCCACAAUCACUACCUAUACACAGGCAGCCAGCUGCAUGAAACCCAUCAUAAAAUAUGACAGCUGCAUGCAAACUGACACUCAUAUCCUGGAGCCGAACAUUGUCAAAUCAUAUGAAUGGAAUGAGUGGGAGUUGAGAAGAAAAGCAAUUAAAUUGGCAAAUCUACAGCAGAAGGUCACACGCUACAUACAGACAAACCUCAGCCACAUGAGAAGAGACAACACUUCCCAAGUCUACCUGCCAAAGGACAAGGCAACACAAACAAAACGAGACAAUUCCAGCAAUGUGCCCAAACCACAGGUCUUCUAUGCUGGCUUGCGUGGAGGGAAGACUACAGAACCUACGCAUAUGAUCAAAUACAACUUAACAAGAGCAAUAGAUGAAACAUAAAACCGAACCUCCCUUUUUGAAAAAAAGGCUUAAUUAAUCAAUCUAACUACAUUUUUAUUUUGGCUUCAACUAUCAAAUUUAGUAUUAAAUGGUUGGAGAUGAUACAUUUAGCAGCUAUAAUGCUAAGUUAAUUCUUGUUAUUGUAUUGCAGACAUUUUAGCAGCAUGUUGUUACCCUGACAAGCAAACACAAAUUUAUGAGGCUCUCAAUAAAAUUGUUUAAACUAG